AUGAGUCCUUUCAAGAUAGUGGAGCAUACCCUCCCAGGACAACACAUCCGCGAACACCCCCACAGUCUCACCGGUCGCCAAGAAGGCGUCGUGCAGCUCGCGAUCAAACAAUACAUUCCCCUCGACCAACCCACUCCAGUCCCCGACAAUGCAGUCACCGUCAUCGGUGUGCAUGGAAAUGGUUCUCCCAAGGAACUGUUUGAGCCGCUCUGGGAGCAUUUCUAUGAUCACCUAAAGAAACGAUCGGUGCCACUCCGUGCGAUAUGGAUCGCUGAUGUCUCCAACCAGGGGGCAAGCUAUGUGCUUAAUGAAGAGAUCCAGGGAGAUACCACUAAUUGGUAUGACCACUCUCGCGACCUCCUACAUAUGGUCAACCACUUCCGCGAUGAGAUGCCACGACCGAUAAUUGGUGUUGGCCAUAGCAUGGGCUGUGCUCAACUUGUCCAGCUUGCCAUCAUCCACCCACGGCUACUUUCAACCCUAGUGCUCUACGAGCCGGUCAUCUUCGACGAUAGUAUCCGUCCAACGGUCAAUCCUGCCAAAUUUGUCGCAAAUAGACCUGAUCUCUGGGAGUCACGAGACACAGCGGAAUCCGCCCUACGCAAGAGCUUACGAAAAUGGGACCCCCGAGUCGUCGACCGUUAUCUACAGUUUGGAAUACGAUCCGUCCCAACACGGCUGUACAACAAAGAAAGUGACCCUAAUCUGCCUGACUUGGCAAUGACUCUAACGACGACCCGGCACCAAGAGUCUUGGAGCUACACUCUUCCUAACCUAGAGCCCGAAUCGGCCGGGCUGGAUCGACUACUACUGGCCGAUUGGGAUCCCAAGACAGAGCGAAAUCUCAGUUUUGGCCGGCCAGAGUGUUGGUCAUCCAUGCGCAAUCUACCUUUUCUCCGUCCCAGCGUGCUAUGGGUCUUCGGUGGUCGCAGCUAUCUCUCGCCACCGGAGUCGCAGGAUUCCAAAGUCCGUUCAACCGGCACAGGUGUCGGGGGAAGCGGCGGUGCCGAUCAAGGUAUGGUGAAGAAGGUGGUUUUUGAAAAAGCUUCGCACACCUUGGUGUUUGAGCAGAUUGAUCAAAGCGCCGAAGCGGCUGCCGAAUGGGUGCAGGGUUGGUUGCAGGGCUGGCUUGCGGAUGAGAAGCUCCUGGCUGGAUAUCAGAGUAAAAGGUCUGAGCCAGGGAUGGUCAAGGCCUCGGAGGGUAGCUUGCGAGCAACUAGGAUGCCACCAUUGUCUGAGCGACCCAAGGGGAAGUUGUAG